AUGGUCAAAUUAUCUAAUUAUGCUGCUGCAUUCACUGCUUUGGCAGCCUCCACAAACGCUUUGACUACUUUGUCUGCCUCCGAUGAAACUGUAAACUUAAUUGAAUUAGCCGUGUAUGUUCAUGACAUCAAAUCUCACAUGCUUGAUUAUCUCAAAAUGCAAAUGGCUAAUCCAAGUCAAAAAUACCCAGAUAUUAUUGAAACAGCUGUUCUACAUAACUAUUCAAAUGAUGAUUUUACUACUUUGUUUCUUGAUAUUGAUGGUGCCGAAGUUACUUCCAUGUUGACAGGUGUCUCAUGGUAUAGUACUAGACUUCUUCCUGCUAUUGAAGCUUCUUUGUCUGCCAGAGGUAUUGUUAUUGGAACCCCAUCACCUUCUACUUCAUCGGUAGCUGUUGUAACUUCUUCAACCGCUCCAUCCACUUCUUCUGCUAUUGUACCAGCUUGA